UCAUUGGUCUAUUGAGGAAGCUCUCUGACAAGAAAUUAGUACCAAUGUGCAGUUUGCAGGCGACCGUCGGCGCGGAGGACUUCAUGUGGUCUACAAAGGUUUGGAGGGUGGGUGGCCAUUUGGUGAGAGAUGCAGUGCUUUUACAGAGCAUUCCUUAAAUCUGCUGGAUAGUUGGUCACUUACAUAACUCCCACGUAGUUUCAUCUCAUUACUUCCAACAAACGGCCGAUUCAUAUGGCCAGAAGUUCCUGUCCCGCAGAGUCAGCACUGAAUACCUGCACUGUUACACUGUAUUCUAUGUAGUCCAGCUAAGUUAUGAUGAUUCUCUGACCUGGAUUCAAUCACACACUCUGUUAAGGCAUUAACACUGUCUGUAAGAAGUCAAGUUAAAUGUAGCAGACAGAGUUGUGCUUAACUGAAAUGUGUUUUGUUUUUUGUUUUUUUAGUUUUAGCUUGUUUUGUUUUUUUCCACACAAAACAAUGCAAAAUAUGUCCAAGUAAUUCAGAUUUUAAAUGUGAGAUUUUUAAGAUAUAUUUUAAUUCUAACUAUAUAAACAUUCUGAUCCUGGUGAAACACAGCACAAGAGAGAGGUUUAACACACACUGGAUUCUCAGGUUUGUGUAAAAAUGUCACUCUUUUUAUGGUCCAAUACAAAUAUUUUCCAAGGUGGUUGAGAGAGUGGGACCACUAGGCGUGGAAGAGAGGGGGUCCUUAAGUAGGAGCAGGAUUUAUCACUCUCCUCCUUUCUAGUGGUGGUCCUUUCUCUCACCUCCUUCCUCUCUCAUCACAUCCAGCACAUCUGUGUCGGCUUUUCCAAUCAGAUGGAGGAAGCAGCACAAAGACAGAGAUAAAUCCAAGAAAACCCAGAACAAUAUUCAGGGCCAACCUGGUAAAGUUUGCUUCAGACUUGGUGCCAGGAAACACAGAGAACGUUCUUAAUUCAACAGGGACAUACAUUUAGAUCACCCAAAGGCAAUUCCAUUGCUGGCUACUGCUGGCUCAAAAUGUUGUUUAAUCUAGGACUUCUCCUUCUCCUCGCUCCCUUUCCCUCCUUACAAACCACAGCCAAUGAGAAGAGAAACUCUACAGGCAGCGAUGUGAGCAAACCCAACGCCGGUUUCGCUCUCUCAAAACCAAAAACCACUUCAACUCCUGCCAAACAGACCCCUCGUUCCACCGUGAGACCAAACACGACCAAUCACACACUUCUACCCACUCCAGCCACCAACCAAAAACCAGCAGCCGCCAACCCAUCAGGAACCACCAAGAGCAGGGCCAGCUCUGCAGUCACUCAAGCCACUGUGCCUCCAACGGUGAAAGCCAAUGCAGCCAACGGCACCAUCACAAACAAAGGCAAGCUCUCAGCCACCGUCAAUCAGACUCUCUCUGUAUCCUCUCCAGCCACAAACCAAAAACUUCCAACAGUUAACACUACGUCAAACUCCAAAAGCAAGGCCAGCCCUGCAGUCAUUCAAACCACUGUGCCUCCGGCAGUAAAGUCAAAUACAGCCAGCAGCACCACAACCAACAAAGGCAAGCAAUCAGCCACCGUCAAUCAGACUCCUGUUCCCACUCCAGCCACAAACCAAAAACUUCCAACAGUUAAUGGUACGUACAAAAACAAGGCCAGCUCCGCAGUGGUUCCAGCCACACUGCCUCCACCAGUGAAGCCAACGACAACCAACGGCACCAUUACCAACAGAGGCAAGCAGUCUGUCCAUGUGAAUCAGACGGUUGUAGCCAAAUCUACUUCAGCUGCUGAAGCGAAGCCUAGCAAAGACAAGCUAACAUCCAGUGGAAUUUCUAAUGCUCAGUCAUCAAACAGCACUAAACCUACACAGGACAAACUCCAACCAUUGCUCAAUCAGACGGUCAAAUCCUCUGAUGGGAAGAUUCCUAAAGACAAGCCUGUAACUACUAUUGCUCAAAAUGUUCAGUCAACGUCCGCUAGAUCUCCGCCUGCAGGUGAUGCUAAAAACACAAAUGACAAACUCAAAAGUGUUUCAGCAAAAACUCCUGAUGUAAAAGUUGCACAAGACAAGCCUGCAACCACCACAGUCCAAAAUGUUCAGUCAACAGCUUCUAAGUCUGCUACUACAGGUGGCGCUAAAACCACCAAUGACAAACUCCAGACUUCUGCCAAUCAGACCGUUUCAGCAAGAGCUCCUGAUGUAAAAGUUGCACAAAACAAGCCUGCUACCACCACAGUCCAAAAUGUUCAGUCAACAGCUUCUAAGUCCGCUACUACAGGUGGCGCUAAAACCACCAAUGACAAACUCCAGACUUCUGCCAAUCAGACCGUUUCAGCAAACUCUCCUGAUGUAAAAGUUGCCCACAACAAGCCUGCUACCACCACAGUCCAAAAUGUUCAGUCAACUGCUUCUAAGUCUGCUACUACAGGGGGCGCUAAAACCACCAAUGACAAACUCCGGACUUCUGCCAAUCAGACCGUUUCAGCAAACUCUCCUGAUGUAAAAGUUGCACAAGACAAGCCUGCACCCACCACAGUCCAAAAUGUUCAGUCAACUGCUUCUAAGUCUGCUACUACAGGUGGCGCUAAAACCACCAAUGACAAACUCCAGACUUCUGCCAAUCAGACCGUUUCAGCAAGAGCUCCUGAUGUGGCGCUAAAACCACCAAUGACAAACUCCGGACUUCUGCCAAUCAGACCGUUUCAGCAAGAGCUCCUGAUGUAA